UGUCCCGAGUCUUGCAUCAUGCCGUCGACGUCGAACCAUCCAGCCGGGAACACGUAAUUUGGGAUCUCGUUUUGGACGCUUGCGAUGGUGAGCUUUUGCUUUUCCUCGCUCUGCGCCAUCGCACGUGAGGGUUGAAUGGGUGUGUUCAUACCUUCGAGCUGUCGGCAACUGUACUCGCGUUAUCUUUGCGGUGACUGCUGGAAUUCGCUCGAGACGAUUAGGGAGUGGGCCAUGCCAUGCGAUGCUGCAGUGCACGAAUUGAUUUCAAUGGCGGAGGCUGUCUGUAAGGAGCAAUAAUGUCGAGCUGGUGUUCGGUUUCUGCUUUUGCUCCACAGUCGCCUCGAUUGCUGAAGAGGAACAUCGCAGCAAGUCUUGUGCGGACUUGCGCAGGAGCUCGGACGCAGACCUCGGCCUGCGAUGUCACGAGCUGUCCAGCGGAAUGGUCAGGAGUGUUGGACGUCGAGAAAUUGCUGAGCCGCCCGUGGCUUAUGCCGCAACCCGGCACCGAAAUCACCAAGAUUUCAAUCGAGGACAUCUCCGAGGCGACGGUCAGACCCCGUCUCGAAUCGUCUUCCCGAGGAAGAAUUCUCCAUGGACUUCGGGAGGAAUCACGCUACUCUAAUGCGCAGAAUGCCCGAUUCGAGCAUCGAGGCGACAGUCCAGAAUUUCACAUCGUCCGAGACGAUUUACUGCACCCUCUUUUGGGCGGGAACAAGCUCAGGAAGAUGGACGCUCUGAUCCCCGAGCUGCAAAGGCUGGGCGCCUCCGAUGUGGUCACUUGUGGCGGCAGCCAGAGUGCUCACACUGCAGCUCUCGCCUUCGCGUGCAGCGAGCGAGGAAUGUCGGCCCACCUUCUCCUCAGAGGAGAGAGGCCCGCCAUCCCAACAGGGUACAACUUGCUCUGCGGAAUGUUCGGGCAUGUCACCUACAUUCCCAGAUCCGAGUACGCCGAUCGUGCGGGCAUGCUGAGCAAGUACGCAUCGCAAAUUGCAGGAAGCCGUGGCUCCGUGAUUUGGCUCGACGAAGAAGAAUGUGACCCGAAUUCUCCGAUAGCUGCAGAAUCGAAGGCGGAUUCGAGGGAGAGGAAUGUGGUUGUGGUGAAGGAAGGUGCGGGCGAUGCCAUAGCGUUGUUGGGACUCAUCCGGCUCGUGCAAUUCCUGUCCAAUCCUGCAGCUUUUGGAAGGGACGAUCCCGUGCACCUCGUCGUGGAUACAGGCACAGGGACGACGGCGGUGGGAGUCGCUCUGGCCAUCGCUCUGCUCGGCCUUCCGUGGAAAGUCACAGCAGUAAUGCUCGCGGAUUCGGUGGAGAAUUACGAGAAGCACCGGCUGCGCUUGGUCGCUGAUUUCUGCACGAAAUUCUGCUCGUCUCCAGCGGAGGGCCUCGUGCUGCCUCUCCGAUGGGAGCAGCGGAUUAACCCUCGCAAGUUCGGGAAAGUGUUUCCGGGUGAGAUCGAGACUUGCAGGUCCAUAGCUCGGCAGACCGGCAUAUUGCUGGACCCGAUCUACACAUUGGCCGCUUGGCAGAGUGCAGUGAAGCUUUCUGUCGAACGUCGAGGUGCGAGUCGAGUGGUGAUGCUGCACACAGGAGGAACAUUGGGCCUGUUCGGCCUAGCUCAAAGGUUUCCUGCAGAGUUCUGAACCUCAUCUCUCCAGUAAGACUCGUCACUGCCAUCGUCUCAGUCACGCACAUUUUGGAUCAGAUCCGAAGGCAGUCAUCGACAGUUAUCGAAAUCCAAACAUUCUGUCAUCCCAUAUGCGACUUCGAUUUCAACCAUUUCUGCACGUCCACUGCAAGUGUCUGCUGGCUCGCGUGGCUUCUGAGACGAAAGCUCAGAAGCCCAAUCGAAUGUGCUUCGGACUGAAUGUUAAUCCAAGCACUGAAUGCGAGAUUCGAUCCAUAGAGUGGUGGAAUGGUCUUCUCAGGCCCAAUGUCAGUCAAGGUCCUCCCUGCGAAUUCCUGGAAGCAUUAGUUCAGGCAGUGAGGAAUUCACGAGUCCCCUGCAAAUGCAGUGCGAUGACACCCAUUCGAUACCAGGCGAUUCCAGUUUUUCGGUCCUACAGAUGUACAGAACUCAAUCAUUUUGACAGUAAAGUGGUAGAAUUGCAGUUUGUGAAGCGUGAAGGUUCUCGUUCCUGCAGGGCUUUUGUUGAAACGUGGUCGCAAUGCAGAUCCAUCACGCAAGAACAAUGACGGAGGAGAGCAAGGAUAAAUACUAUUAUUGUCCCUGG